AUGGCUUAUAAUAACUACAAUUUCAGACAUAAUUCAAUUGGUGGCAAUUGGCAUCUACCGCCGCCAGUUCAACAACAACAGCAGCAGCAACAGCAGUCCAGCACAAAUGUGAAUAGCUCAACCGCAGAGCAAUCAUACCUUUCUCCACAAAAUGCUACUACUUUCAAAUCCAAUAAUAUGCUGGGGUUUAGAAACCCGUGGUUUUCAGUAAACCAAUCUGGUUCAUUAGCAACAUCUCCGUCAACCAACACUUCGUCUAAUUUGUCACAAUCACCGACAAAGUCUCAACAUAUCCCUUUACUCCAACAACCACCUCAGUUGGCGAAACGACUAUCCUUUACGAAUCAAUUGGCAACAACAUACGAAGAUGGUGCAGGACUAGGUCCAGAAGCUGGUCCAGGAACUAAUACUGGAGUGGUGACAGGUACCACCAGUCAACCUCCUUUCAUACAUCCUCCUACGCGCGCAGAUAACCCAUUCACACAGUAUUUUUCGAACCAAGAGGUCACUUUAGGGAAUGUCAACGAUCGUCGAAUGUCUGCCGCAGUAGACGGUACACAUUUUAACCCAUAUGGCCAUGGUGCUCAAUACGGAAGUAGUGCAUACCCAACCCAAAUCAUGGCCAAUAAUGACUCAUUGAGUUUAGCUCAGGUGUCUAAUAGUACUGCAGCAGCAGCAGCAGCAGCAGCAGCAGCAGGAGGUGAUAUUGGAAUUGGCGGAGGCGUUACUAGACAUGCCGCCAACUCUAAUAUUGCUGCACUCAGAAGAUCGUCAAUGGCUGCUACGCCAUCCCAUUAUCAACACCAGCAACCAAUAGUUUCAUAUGACUCAAAAGGGGUUCCAUAUUAUGUAGCCCCACCUACAGCAACAGGUAGGUCUCCUUCAAUCGUUCAAUAUCAACAAUACCAGCAAUAUCAACAGGCACUUCAGAACCAGAAUCCAAACCAAAAUUUACAAAAGCUCAGACGUCCUGCACCAAAGGCUAGGAAAAUAUACUCCAAGCUGGACUUGGCGCCCAAAAUUCAUAAUCAACCGAAAUAUCGACGCUGUUCAGUCAAUUCAAUCCACAUAUCACCGGUCAAUGCACUCUCCGUAUAUUUGACUGAAUCUUAUAGCAUUUGUCAACCGCAGAAAUUCCAAUACUCCAAAGCAAGCAAUCCCAAAAGGGUAUUGACAAAACCACUGGAGCCAAAGUUUAACAAUGGUUUUGAUAACGAAGAGAGUGACUAUAUCCUAUAUGUCAAUGAUAUUUUGGGCAGCGAAGAAGGCAGGAAAUAUAUGGUUUUGGACUUGUUGGGCUCAGGAACCUUUGGCCAAGUGGUCAAGUGUCAAAAUUUGACUAAUCAAACAGUUUGUGCGGUUAAAGUUAUCAAAUCGAAACCAGCUUAUAUGAACCAAUCAUUGACCGAAGUACGUUUAUUGGAGUUUUUAAACACAAAUAGCGAUGGCAAACAUUUCAUCCGGUUACUUGACACUUUUAUGCAUAAAGAGCACUUGUGCCUUGUUUUUGAAAUAUUGGCGUCCAACUUGUAUGAAUUGAUAAAACAAAACCAGUUUCAAGGCUUGAAUAUGAAAUUGGUGAAGCUCUUGACAAAGCAAUUGCUAGAAGCUCUUGCUCAGCUCAAGAGCUUCCAAAUGAUCCAUUGCGAUUUGAAGCCCGAAAACAUUCUACUUUGUCAACCAGAUAAACCCAAUAUCAAAGUCAUUGAUUUUGGUUCGGCGUGUUUUACAAGACAAACCAUAUAUACAUAUAUCCAAUCGCGAUUUUACCGUUCACCUGAGGUUAUUUUAGGACUACCAUACACAGAGUCUAUCGAUAUGUGGUCCUUGGGUUGUAUAGUUGGUGAAUUUUUCUUGGGGUUGCCUAUGUUUCCAGGAACAUCGGAGUAUAAUCAAAUUUGGAAAAUUGUUGAUAUGUUGGGUCCACCUCCAAGGCACAUGAUUGAAGUUGGACGAAAUUCGAUGAAUUUUUUCAACAAAGUACCGCUGACAAACGCGAAUGAGAAACCUAGAUAUGAGAUCAAAAACUAUGAUGAGUACUGUACCUUUAUCAAUUCUACAAAAUCAGACCACCAUGGCGGUGGAUCUGGCCAUUCCCACAAAAAGGAGCAACCGAAUAAAAACUAUUUCAAACAUCGACUUUUAAAAGAUAUCAUUUUAAACUACAAGAUGCCCUCUAAGAAGAUGACUAACUCAAUGAUUGAGAAAGAAUGUCAAGAAAGAGCGCUACUCGUGGAUUUUUUGACAAAAGUCUUGAAUCUCAAUCCAUUGGAAAGACUUACGCCACAGGAGGCAUUGAAACAUCCGUUCAUUCGAGAUGUCAGGACAAUUGAGUUGAUCUGA